CAUUUCAUACUUUCAGCAACGUGCAAUACAAAAAUACACACGAUUCGAACUGGAAAGUACAUUUCCCCAGAUCAAAAUGGUUAAGUCUUCGAAUCCCCUAAACAUAUUGCGCAGCAUUUAUAAUAAUGAAUUCCAAUGGAUGCUGGUCAAGAGCUACGGUCUGUUUUUCUUGGGGGUGCGAUUGGCCAAGGAGUUCGUGGGUGUGGAGCUGAUGCCUGCACUGGGACCAGCCUAGUCAUAGAACCAAAACUAAAUUCGACACGUACAAAUAGAGACGUUAAAGUUAACUAAGUAUAAUAAAUAGACCAUAAAUAUACAA